GCCAGCUUCGGCCCACUAUGGCCUCUUUAUGUAUUCGUGCCAAAUGUGUGCAUGUGCAGCAUCCACCGGACCAGGGGCCGUCCCUACACCACCAUCCUGCUCUUGUUCUCCUUCUUAAUUAGCCUGUGCUGCAUUGGUGUAUUCUACCUCCUCAUUUACAGACGUGUCCUGAUUGCCUCACAAGCUCUGCUCCACUACAGGUUCAGCCGUCGGUCCUCCAGAAAGAAACCAGCCUCCUCAGCACAAGGGACCGAUGACAGUGACCAAAAUACAGAUGAAAUAUCUUGUGAAAACCCCUCCAAAUCUAACCAGAGCUCUGAUAAAGCCUCACAUUCAUCAGCAACCAAGUCUCCCCCUGAUAUCGUCCCUACAUCACCUUCACCGAGACCUGCUCCCACAAAUGAAGCGCCCUCGUUGCCCUCCACAGCCUCAGGAGAUAAGGAAAUGAAGCGCGUGACACACAUGUGUUUAACUGUUUUCCUGUGUGUUGUGAUCUGCUUUGUCCCCUUCCUGUUGCUCAACUUAGCUGACAAACAUAACCGCGCUCCACAGCUACUGCACAUGUUCUGUGCGAACCUCACCUGGCUCAACAGCUGUAUCAACCCUGUGCUCUAUGCUGUUAUGAACCGGCAGUUUCGACAGGCCUACCAUGUGCUGCUCACCAGGGCUGCCACUCCAUUCAGCUACCUCUGGGCCUGGUGGUCAACUCUGAGAUCCUGACCUGGGGGGA